GUGAAACCGUCAAGGGCCCGCUCCAUCCACGUCGUGGUGUUCAUGGACUCCACGUCGGAGCUGUAUCGGCUCCUGCACGAUAGCCGGACCCGCAGCAGCAGUCCAUUGAGGUCUCCACCGUCGCACAAACUUAAACCGUGCAAGUUGCGUCCGUUGCCCCGACCGACGUCCCCCAUUCUCACGUCGACUUUCCGCGAUCUCCACGACGGCGCCAACGACGAGAUGCGGCAUAGCCCGACCAAACGGCCUCCGUUUUCAUUGCCCCAGUUGGAGACCCGCGUGCUUCAACGCAGGCGCGUGUUUUUCAACGUCGACGGGACUGCGGAAAUUGGUUUGGAAGAGAUCGUCCAGUACAACGAAGUCGAGGCAGUUCGGAUAGUCAACCCGAUGGCGGUGUGGCUUCCCAAGAAGUGUUCAAGCACGGAUGAGAUUCCACUCAUGCCGUGCUUCGCCAAAGCACACCGCGCUCGUCUGUUUGAUGUUGAAAGGUGGAAAGAACCAAUUCGAGAUCGGGACAAAGUGUGGCGGCGCGACGAACUGUCGAUGAUUCAAGCCGUCCGACCACGGAAGUACCCCAUGACGGAUGGCCGAUGCCACACGGAGAAAUGGCGGCCGUCGCGGCAGGACAACGAGCAGCAACUGAAUCGACGGGGGGUUUUGAUUGAUUCGACUUACGUGAUUGUGACUGCAAUCGGCGUGAACAUCUUUGGGCGCGUCUACGGCGCGGGGCUCCAAAGCAAGCGAUCGAUCGUGCUGCAUGUGUACGACCCCGCGCUGGCCCUCACGCACACAAUGGAGCUGUCCAUGGAUACCUUGGAGGACCUCUUCCAAGACCACAUGGAGUUGUUGGUUGCCGGACGGAAACAAGACCUCGUCUCGGGCAUCGUAGCGAUGCUGUACUUUCAGUACCCCCCGGAGGGAGCACACAGGUCGCAAACUCCCUCGUUGCACAUCAACAAAGAGAUGAAAGUCAGCGCCUCCAAGCUCCAGCGACAGCAACGUGAGCGUCAACGGCAGCUCGAGGCAGAGCUACGUCGGCUGGACGCGCUGAAAUUCCUCACCAUGGCGCGGCGACAGCGUCAUCGCAUCCUUGCCCGCAGCAUCAAAUUGGGCGGAUUCCGCUUCACAGUGACGGUGCACCAGUACCCGAACCAACUCCGCAAUUUUGCGGUCGUGGCGUACCAUCCCCCUACCGGCACGCAGUACUCGCUGCCCGUUGGGCUGCACCAUGCCGGGAAGCUCGCCCGACUCGUGGCUCCGCCGCACCAGUGGACCAAGCAAGAAAAGGCUCAAGUGGCGUCCACCGUCAUCAGCCAUCUUCGCUUGGUCGAGAAUACGUUGGGCGAGACGGCGCUGGCGAUCCAAGGACGCAUAGGAUUCUAUGGCAAAUCGCUCGCCCUCGAUUGUGCUGACACAACAGACUCCAUCGCUGAGCGCGCGUACCGUCAAUGUGUGGCCAACUCCAUCGCGGUCGUGCAAGCGGCAUGUUACAAUGACGUACGAGAGCUGCAGGGGCGGAUUGCAGGCAUCGACGUCCGGUAUGCCGUCGAGUUGAAGGAGCUCGAGACGAAGCGGGAUGACCUCCGGGCAAACGAAGCACGAGUCAAGGAACAACUGGAUGACGUCGAGAGCAAAGGACUUGUCGAUGUUGUCGAUUUGGACAAGGCAGUCAAAGCGCAGCACCGACAAGAACUGCGGGAUCUGCGGCUAGCGUUGAAGCGCGAGCGGAGCGAUACCCUCAGCCAGAUCAAGGCCACGCAACAAGAAAUCACCAACGUCCUGGCCAAACAACGUGCGGCCACUGCACACUACGAGGUAGACAUCAAGCAGCGUGUCCUGGAAUGCGAUCAGGAAGUGGAAGCGAUCGCGGCCGCCGCAAGUCGGCCCUUCCAGUACCAUGAUAUUACGAGUGGACAGCGCCGGCGCGCCCAGACGGGGUACACCAACGGCCGACGACACAGGGCCGACAUGGGCCAAACAAACAAGCUUGCGGCGGGAGCUGCCAAGCUCCGCGACGGUCACCGGGUGCGGUAUACCGUGCGGACGGCAGGCGACAGCCAACUCGAGUUCCACCUGUAUGACCCACACACUUGCCGCACCGCCAUCUUUACCUGCUCCAAACUCGCGUGGUGCAUCUGGAGCAAAGAGUCGAGCGGCGGAGACGACCUCUGGCCCAUUCAAAAGGAAAUCCCGGCCUUUAUCACGUACCCUCAAGGCGGCGGCGAUCCCUGCGAACUCGACGUCCAGCUGGCCACGCUUGCAACCGCGCUCGAAAAGCAGCACGCAACCUUUGGGGCCGUUGCGACGCAUUACGGUCGCGAAUCGUCCAAGGCAUUUCAACAGCUCAAAGCGCUGGUCACGGACAAGAUGGUACUACAACGGCGGAUCCGACAGUUGUACCAUCCGUUGGUGGCGGCGUUAACCCACCGCAUGUCCGUGGCAAGCAAUCAAGUCGACGUCAUGUCGCAGCUCGUCGACUUGCCUCAAGCUGAAAUCGCCACGUCCCAUGGCAACGCCAAGCUGUGCUCGUGCCGAAUCCACCUCGUCGCCAACCAAAUCGUGUACACAGUCGACUCAACCUACACGCGCGUGCACCCGUACACGGACGAGCUCAUGGCUGAGUUGGCGACCGAGUCGGCCGCCGAAAUGAAAGUCCACAUGGAGCUCACGGUGGCCACGAUGCAAUUGACGGACACGUUGUCAGGGGACGGAGUCGGUAUCGAAUUCCUCGAUUGAAUCCACUCGGUUGAUGUGGGGAAUCUCGAUGAUCACGACAUCGCAACGUCGACGUGAUGCGGACGGACAAUUUGGUGUGGGCGGAUGCCGCCUCCAGUCGAUGCUGCUUUUGCCUUCCGACCGCGUUCUUUCACGGGCGAGGGACGACAUCGAUGUAGUCCAUGCCACAGGAAAACACGCCAGUUGCUCGACCUCUCAAGUGGCCAUGACAAUUCGUCGUCGACGUGCGAAUCCACUUGCCAACGUCGAGGAAGGGAUCGCUGCAACGUGUGCUGCAUCGGCAAGGGAGCCAACGAUACAGCGUUCGCCUUGCGACGUUCUGGUGUCGCCACCAAGGGCGCGAGUAGGUGGCAUGCCAUCCCGUCGUCGCCAUAGCUACCUUUGCCAGUGGCACGACCGUCGCGUAUGCUCAGCCACACGUCACCGACCGCAACAGGCGUCGUGGUGGAUUUUUUGUGUUAAAAAGCUACGUACUUUGGAACACGCUGGAGUUGCUUGGAUGGCACAUUCGCGACGGUGCCGCCGCUGACACGGUCUUGGCCCCCCGCCACGGACUUUAGGAAUCUCGUGAGGCAAGGAUGGCCCAGUGGGUGGCGUUUUC